AUGGGUGUAUGUUCAUAUCUAUCUAUCUAUCUAUCUAUCUAUCUAUCUAUCUAUCUCAGCCUAUUCAUAAAUAUCUAUCUUAGCCCUAUUAAUAUCUAUAUGUCUAUCUUCUAUCUAUCUAUCUAUCUAUCUAUCUAUCUAUCUCUGUUCGUAUCUAUCUAUCUAUCUAUCUAUCUAUCUAUCUAUCUAUCUCUGUUCGUAUCUAUCUAUCUAUCUGUCUGUCUAUCUAUCUAUCUAUCUAUCUAUCUAUCUAUCUCAGUCUGUUCGUAUCUAUUUAUCUAUCUAUGCCUGUCUGUUUAUAUCUAUCUUGUGUCUUUUCUCUCUCGCUCUCUUGACGCUUCAUUUUUCUCUAUCUUUUUUCUUUUGCAUUUCUUCUCCCCUUUUCUUACUUUUUAUCUCUUAAUUUCUUUUUCUUUCUUUACUUUCAUUUAUAUUCUUGCUUUUCUUCUAAACCUUAGAUUACUCCUUUUCUUCUUUCUGUCGUUCUUCUUUCUAUAUUUUUCUUUGUCGUCUUCUUUUUAUCUUCUUUUCUUUAUCUUCUUUCGUUCUUUCUUUUUCAUCAUCAAUUUACUCUUAUUCUUACCUUUUUUCUCUUCCUUCUUUUGCCUCUUCUUUUUGCAUUAG